AUCAGAAUUUCACUAAAAUAUGUUACGUACUUAUGCAGAUAAUUAACGAAAUCUGAAAUAUCUUUCAAUCAAAACACAUGUACCGAUCACGCAUUUCUCCAUUAGUUCUUCACAAAUAUUGCAUAUAUAAAAAAAAUAUGGUUUGCUUCAGCACAGUUUUCUAAAAAAAAGUUUUCAAAACAAUUUCUUAAAAUAUUUAUUAUGAUUCUGUAUGUAUUAAAGCGGCCAACAUAGGAGUUUUUAUAAAUCAAGAACUAUAAUAGUAUUUUUUUUCAGAAUUAAAGGAAAUCCAAUCCACUCUUGUUUUUUCAAUAAAAAUCUUCGUUUAUGGCACUGAAGAGAACAACUCAGGAAAAUGGAAAAACAACGUCAAAUUUCUUAUAUUUCAUCAAAGUAUCCAAAGAAGGGGAUGGAAAUCCAGUUGUUAUUGAAAUAAAACCAGAAAAUGACACUAAUUCCAAAGAAACAGCGAGCAAAUAUUAUCAUUUCGUUAAAACAAUCUCAAUUGUCAUUCCGAUGUGUUUCAAUGUGCUGUCAAUAAUAUUGAUAAUUAUGGGAAGCGUUUAUAUCAGAGAUUGUCACAUUCAACCGGGAAUACCUAUAGUUAUUCUUGUUAUUGGAGUUCUUUGCAUGAUUCAUUUACUCAUAUACUUUGCAACAUUACAUGCAACUAAAGUUCUCAAAGUCCAAAAGAAAUAUUUUAAAGAAUGUUACAGAAUUAUACAAUAUACAAUCUAUUUAUGUUUGCUUGCAUGCUUUCUCAUUGAAACAUAUUUCGUGUUUUCUGUUCAAGAUAAAGUUAAUUACAGAGAUUCGUCUAAUGAAGAAUAUUGCAACCAAACAUUGUAUUUAUUUGUAUAUUAUAAAGUUAUCAUUAUUUAUUCCAUAUGGCUGGUUGUAAUAAUUGUAAUCUUAUGCUUUUCUGGCUGUUUCUGCUGCUAUGAAGUUGUACCUGUCUCUUCUACAUGAUUUUUUUUUUAAAAUUAAAUUUAAAAAAAUCUAUUUGUUAAUAAAGUUAUUUGUGGUUAUUAUAAUUCAAAUUGGGAUUUUUUGCCAUUAUUCUUAAUUAUUCUUUACCAUUCUUCUAUCAUCAUUUACCAUUUUUAUUCCUUUACAAUUAUAAUU